AUGGCCAAAGGAGAAGGAGCUGAACAAUACUCCAAUGCCAGUUUAUUAAACAAGUCGGUCAGCUCGGAUUCUAUCAAGCUCUCAAGAAAGCAUGAGCAGAGGACCAGGUUGUCGGUCUGCAACAAGAUCUGCUAUGCAAUCGGCGGCGCGCCCUACCAGAUCACAGGAUGUGCUCUGGGCUUCUUCCUGCAGCUCUACCUACUCGACGUAGCUCAGUUGGAUCCCUUCUACGCCUCAAUCAUCCUGUUCGUCGGCCGAGCGUGGGACGCCGUGACGGACCCCACGGUGGGCUUUCUGGUCUCCCGGAGCCCGUGGACUCGUGUCGGACGGAUGAUGCCCUGGAUCUUACUGUCCACGCCUUUUGCCGUGAUGUCUUAUUUCCUCAUAUGGUACGUCCCCCCCUUUGAACACGGCAAAGUCAUCUGGUAUAUUUUCUUCUACUGCGUCUUCCAGACCCUGCAGACAUGCUUCCAUGUGCCAUACUCUGCCCUCACCAUGUUCAUCACCUCCGAGCAGAAGGAGAGGGACUCCGCUACGGCGUACAGGAUGACGGUGGAGGUUCUGGGCACCGUCCUCGGCACGGCCAUCCAGGGUCAGAUCGUGGGCAACGCUCACGCCCCCUGCCUGUCCUCCAACUCCUCCAUUCCCCCGAGCCACAACAUCUCCGACCAUUCCCUGCAGCACACGAGGAACGCGUACAUGAUCGCGUCCGCCGUCAUCUGCUCCAUGUACAUCCUGUGCGCCGUCGUCCUGUUCAGCGGCGUGAGGGAACACGAGGCUGUGGGGAUCAAAUCGAAGCCGAUGCCCUUCCUACAGGGCAUCAAGAUGGUGAUGGGGUACGGGCCGUACGCCAAGCUGGUCAUGGGCUUCCUCUUCACCUCGCUGGCUUUCAUGCUCCUGGAGGGAAACUUCGCUCUCUUCUGCAGCGCCACGUUGGGAUUCAGGAAGGACUUCCACAACAUCCUGCUGGUCAUCAUGAUCUCCGCUACGCUGGCCAUCCCGUUCUGGCAGUGGUUCCUGACUCGCUUCGGGAAGAAAACGGCAGCUUACGUCGGAUCCUUGUCUGCCGUUCCCUUCAUGAUCAUGGUGGUGUGCGUACCGAGAAACCUCAUCAUCACCUACUUCGUGUCUUUUGCCUCCGGCGUGGCGGUGGCUGCAGCCUUCCUGCUGCCCUGGUCCAUGCUGCCCGACGUCGUUGACGAUUUCCAGGUCCAGAACCCGGACUCCACGGGACACGAAGCCAUCUUUUAUUCCUUCUACGUUUUCUUCACUAAGUUCGCCUCUGGCAUCUCGCUAGGCGUUUCCACGCUGAGUUUAGACUUUGCUGGAUACAUCACCAGAGGCUGCUCCCAGCCUAAGGAAGUGGACCUGACCUUGAAGCUGUUGGUUUCGGCCGCCCCCAUCGCCCUCAUCUUUAUCGGCCUGGGAAUCCUGUACACGUACCCCAUCACCGAGGAGAGGAGGCAGGGCAACCGCAAGAUCCUACAAGAGCUGAGGGACGAGGCGGACUCGGAGUCGGACUCCACGGAGGUGACGGAAAUGAUCUAGCGCGUCUUCUGGAAGCAACUUCCGGACCAAUCUGUUGGCCGGCUGGCAUUUUGCACUGGGCGGGACCAACGGACCAGGACCCGGACCUUUCUGUGCCCGUAGGAUCGCACAAAUGUCCGCAUCGUCCGACCAACUCUGCUGCUGCUGCUGCUGCUGCUGAAGAUCCAAGUACAAACCGUAUGAGCCGCGCUGGCCUUUCCCAAAACAUCCCGCUCCUCCAUUUUAAUUUUUUUUUUUUUUUUUUAUAUCCGCGAUGUUUUCCUGGUGUGACUUUCGACGCCUCGCCAAAAGCCUUACCUUUUUGUACGACAUGCUACUAUCGAGUACAAAGUGAGAAACUUUUUUUUCCUUUUAAAGGUCGGUGUCUAAAUGAAAUUGCACAAAAAAAAAAAUGUAAAAAAAGAAGGAGGGCGGGAGGGGUAAACUUUGCAUUAAUGGUGCUUUUGUACGUGCGACACUGAACAGUAACGACCUUUAGCACUGCGCUGGAAAUGACGUCACAGUGGACUUUCAAACAUCGGAAGAAACUGCCAUUUUGUAAUUUUGUGUUUUUUUGCCUGAAUUUCACUCAGAUUGCAGAGGCAAAAUUUGAAAAAAAACAAAAAAAAAACACAAACCGACGACGAGUGCCAAUCGCUCACUGAAUAUCUCAUCGUAGUUUACAAAAACGGAUCAAACGUUCGCGUCGCGUGAGCGCGGCGAGUGUGCGCACAAACAAAGAAAAACUGCACAGUUUCUCCAGUCAAAUGUUUUUUUUGUUUUGUUUUGUUUUUUAAUUUAUAACAGCUGCUGAUGACCGUGCCAUUUCUUAACGCUUUAAUUCCUGGAAACCUGGAGCGAAACCUCGACGACAGCUAGCACAUAUGUUUAAAUAUUAAUUUAAAUAUUUAUUAAUGUGAUUUUCACAGUCCUCCUCCUCGCAGCAUUUAAAACCUAUUUAAGGUUCUGUACAGUCGCGCUAACAGAAGCUGCAGAGGUUUUUGUUCAGUUUUUUAUUUUUUGUGUGACCCGUGCAUCUUUCAGUGGAUGCUGCCAUUACUACAAUCUUACAGUAAAUAAAAAGUUUGUAAUCUCCUGUUAAAAGAGCAGUAAAAGAAAAAAGAAAGACAGAAAAUAUGCCGGAUAAGAUUAUGAAACGAUUCACCUUUACAUCGUAAAUUCCUGCCGUUACAACAGGAGUGUGUGGACUUUUUUUUUUUUUCUAUUACUACCGGUACUCUUACCUCUUCUACAACACUGUAUGUAUUAAAAAAAAAGGGAACACACACAGUUUUGAUUGGAAAAAUGAGUGUAAAAGACAGAGCAGUGAGUGUUUUUUUUUGUUUUUUUCCUUGAAUCUUUAAAUAUUGUUUAUUGAAACAACCAGGACACUUUGCGAUCACCUCAGUUCUCCAAAAGUGAAAAAAAAAAAAAAAACUCGAGGACUGACAUGUUUCAUAUCUAC